UCUCUCUCUCUCUCUCUCUCUCUCUCUCUCUCUCUCUCUAUACAGGAAUGCUGUAAGUAAACGCUGUUCUAGUUAGAUUCAAGUAAACGCCCAUAAAAUUUCUACAUAUACUGAUCUAGAUGGUUAUCGUUGCAUAAGAAAUUUGCAAAAAGGAAGCAUUUGGGGUUUAAUUCAUUAUAAAAAUGCCGGUGAAAACUGGCGUUGUGCUAUUGAUCGUUUUGUUGGUGGCGGGUACGGUUGCUUCGGUGGCGUAUGGUGGCGGAGGUGAACAUUCGACGACGGUUCUAACUUUGGUGAGGGCUUUUCCGGCGAACAAGACGGUUGAGCUGGAAAUCCUUAAAGCACGUGACCGUGUCAGACACGCCCGAAUCCUGCAAGGCUUCGCCGGCGGCGUUGUCGACUUCACCGUCUCCGGUACCUCUGAUCCUUACUACGGCGGGUUGUACUUCACAAAAGUGAAAUUAGGGUCUCCACCAAGAGAAUUCAAUGUGCAGAUUGAUACCGGAAGCGACAUCUUAUGGGUUACCUGCAGUUCUUGCACUGAUUGUCCGGAAUUGAGUGGAUUUGGUAUUCCCCUCAAUUUCUUCGAUUCUACAACAUCUUCAACUGCUUCUCUGGUGUCAUGUUCAGACUCCAUAUGUUCUUCCAAUUUCAAAACUGCCGAUACAUCAUGUUCAGAUCAAACCGAUCAAUGUGGUUACCAGUUUCAUUACGCAGACGAUAGCGGGACAUCUGGUCAUUACAUUACAGAUUUUCUACAUUUUGACACAGUUGUCGACCCUUCCACCAUUACCAAUUCAUCAGCUUCUAUUACAUUUGGGUGUAGUACGUAUCAAUCUGGUGGCUUAACGAAAUCAGAUAAAGCAAUGGAUGGAAUUUUCGGAUUUGGGCAACACGAUCUAUCUGUUGUAUCACAAUUAUCUGCUCAAGGAAUUACACCAAAAGUAUUCUCCCAUUGCUUACGUGGAGAUGGAGCUGGUGGGGGCAAACUUGUUCUUGGUGAGAUUUUGGCUCCGACCAUGGUUUAUAGUCCCCUUGUCCCAUCACAGCCUCAUUAUAAUCUUGAUCUUCAAAGCAUUGUGGUUGGUGAGCAGUUGUUGGCUAUUGAUCCAACGGUUUUUGUGACAUCUGACAAUCAAGGAACCAUUGUUGAUACGGGAACAACAUUGACAUAUCUUGUCCCACAAGCAUUUGAUCCUUUUGUUGAUGCGAUUACAGCUGUUGUGUCAGAGUUAGCAACUCCGGUCCUUUUAAAUGGAGGUCAAUGUUAUUUAAUGGCGUCGAGUACAACCGAGAUAUUUCCCAAGGUUUCCUUAAACUUUGCAGGCAGUGCAUCCAUGAUUCUAAAACCUGAAAACUACCUUGUGCCAGGAGACCCUAUUGAUGGUGGUAUUCCGCAGUGCAUUGCCUUUCAAAAAGCGAGCAACGGGAUAACAGUUCUUGGAGAUCUUGUUCUAAAAGAUAAGAUCUUUGUUUAUGAUUUAUCGAGGAACCGAAUCGGAUGGACGGAUUACGACUGUUCGGCUGAUGUAAAUGUCUCAAUAAAGUCCAACAAAAACGAGUACAUGAAUGCAGCACAGUGGAGUGCGGGCAUUUUGUUAGGGUUUACAAGUCUUGAAGCUCUUUUGUGGGAUUCAACAAUGGCGGCCACACCACCACCAUCUACGCCUUCGAAGACAACGCCACCACCGGCGUCGUUGUAUGUAGGGGACUUGCAUCCGCAGAUCGACAAUCUGCAACUUAGCGACGCCUUUUCCGAGUAUAAGAGCAUCACGUCUGUACGCGUUUGUAAAGACUCAUCCACCGCUCGCUCUCUCUGUUACGGAUACGUUAACUUUCUAUCUCCUCAAGAUGCUAUGCAUGCUAUCGAGUCCAAAAACAACACCAUGUUGUAUGGAAAAAUGAUAAGGGUAACAUGGUCCCACCGUGAUCCUGAUGUGAGAAGAAGUGGCAUUGGCAACGUGUUUGUAAAGAAUUUAAAUGAGUCGGUUGAUAAUGUACAACUUCAAGAAAUGUUCAAAUCAUUUGGUAAUAUAUUGUCUUGUAAAGUGGUUACACAUGAAGAUGGUAAGAGCAAAGGGUACGGAUUUGUUCAGUUUGAUUCCGUGGAAUGUGCAAAUGUUGCUAUUGAGAAACUUAAUGGCACUAGUAUUGGAGGCAAACAGAUAUAUGUAGGGAAGUUUGUGAAGAAAAGUGAUCGAAUAUUACCUACUCCUGAUGCUAAGUACACAAAUCUAUACAUCAAGAAUCUAGAUUUGGAUAUUUCAGAAGACAUUCUUGAUCAAACUUUCUCAAAAUUUGGAAAAAUUGUGAGCUUGGUUAUAUCAAGAGAUGACAAUGGUGUUUCAAGGGGCUUUGGUUUUGUGAACUUUGAAAAUCCAGAUGAUGCUAAGAAGGCUGUGGAAGAUAUGAACGGGAUGAAUCUUGGUUCAAAGGCUUUAUAUGUUGCGAGGGCUCAGAAGAAAGCAGAAAGAGAACAAAUUUUGAGGCGUCAGUUUGAGGAUAUGAGGAAAGAACAAAUAGCAAAAUAUCAGGGUUCAAAUGUUUAUGUGAAGAAUAUUGAUGAUGAUGUCACAGAAAAUGAGCUUCAAGAACACUUCAGUCAGUGUGGCACAAUCACAUCUGCAAAAUUAAUGUGUGAUGACAAAGGACUUAGCAAAGGAUUUGGAUUUGUCUGCUUCUCUACACCAGACGAAGCAACCAAGGCUGUGAAUACCUUACAUGGAUACAUGUUCCAUCGAAAGCCAUUGUAUGUAGCUAUUGCUCAAAGGAAAGAAGAGAGACAAGCACAAUUACAGAUUCAUUACGCACAAAGAAUGGCUGGACUUGUGGGCCCAUCUUCUAUGAUCCCUAGUGGCUAUUCUCCAUAUUACUAUACAGCUCCUUCUGGUAUCAUUUCACAAGUAGCUCCACAACCAGGGAUCAUGUAUCAACCUAUGGCAAUCAGACCAGGAUUUAGGGCUAAUGCUUUUGCACCUCCAACAAGACCCACUUUUCAGCCAUCUCCAUACCCUACUUUUAUUUCUAACAGUGUAAGACCGCAUAGACAAAAUAGAGGGAGGAUGAACGGACAUAUGCAGCAGCAGCCGCCACCGCCGCCACAGGGUGGUCAUACUCUUCCAUAUGUGCCACACUUGCAACAGCCUAAUCCUAAUCAUCAGACUUCAAAGGAAUCACCUAGCAAUCAAAAGCGAACAGGACAGGCGAAGUAUGCACCAAACGGACGAAGUGCACGUGACAUGAACAAAGGAAUAACGAUAUCUUCUUCUUCACCUUCAAAUUCCGGCGAAGGAGCAGAGAUGUUGAGCAGUAUGCUUGCCGCUGCUUCCCCGGAGAUUCAAAAACAGAUGCUAGGGGAACGUCUCUACCCCCUCGUCAACCAACACAAGCCGGAUCUUGCUGCAAAGAUCACCGGAAUGCUGUUGGAAAUGGACAAUUCCGAACUGCUUCUGCUUUCGGAGUCGCCGGAAUCUUUGGCUGCUAAGGUGGAGGAAGCUGUGCAGGUGUUGAAGCUUACAAAGACCCAAGUGUCUACCACCACUGCCAGUCAAGAGACUAUUAGUCAUCCCAGUAUCUUAUCUGCUGGGGUUGCAGUCAACUGA